AUGGAGAAGAACAUCGAUGGCUGCCAGGAUGGGGCCAAGACAGUGCCAAGCACUGGGCUGGGCACCGAGGGGACAGAGACACAGCUGGAUGAUUUUAUGGGUGCUCAUCCUGACUACAAUGAGGAGGAGGAGGAGCAGAAGUACUUUCGCCGCAAGCGUCUCGGUGUCAUCAAGAAUGUGGUGGCUGCCAGCCUGGCUGGCACCCUCACUUACAGUGUCUACCUGGGCCUGUUGCAGAUGCAGCUGAUCCUCCACUAUGACGAGACCUACCGGGAGGUGAAGUACAGUAACAUCCGGCUGGAGGACAUCGACCACAAGGUGCUGAUGGGCAUCAAUGUCACACCCGUGGCAGCACUGCUCUACACACCCAUCCUCAUCAGGUUCUUUGGCACCAAGUGGGCCAUGUUCCUGGCGGUCGGCAUCUACGCACUCUUCGUCUCCAGCAACUACUGGGAGCGCUACUACACGCUGGUGCCCUCUGCGGUGGCCAUCGGCAUGGUCAUCGUGCCCCUCUGGGCCUCCAUGGGCACCUACAUCACGCGGAUGGCUCAGAAGUACUACGAGUACGUUAACUACAAGGAGGAGCAGGAGAAGGAGAGGCAGCAGGCGCCGCGGGAUGCCUGCAAUGCCUACAUCAUUGUCUUCCAGACCAUCUUCUACUCCUGUUUCCACUUGAGCUUCGUCUGCGCUCAGAUGCCCAUGGUCUUCUUCCUCAACAACUACCUCUACCAACUCAACCACACGCUCUUCGCAGUAAAGCAUUGUGGAACCCUGAGCCACGGCACACUGCCUGGCUUCAACAAGACAGUGCUGCAGAGCCUUCCCCGCAGCAUCAACCUCAUCAUCGUGGAGAGCGUGUUGAUGGCUGCCGCCUUCCUCGCCAUGCUGGUGGUGCUGGUGCUCUGCGGCGCAGCGUACCGGCCCAUGGAGGAGAUCGACAUGCGCAGCAUCGGCUGGGGCAACAUUUUCCAGCUGCCCUUCAAGCACAUGAAGGACUAUCGACUGCGGCACCUCUUCCCAUUGUUCAUCUACAGCGGCUUCGAGGUGCUCUUUGUCUGCACUGGAUUUUCCCUGAACUACGGCGUGUGUGCCCUGGGGCUGGAGAGGUUGGCGUAUCUCCUCAUGGCCUACGGCUUCUCCGCCUCGGCAUGCUCCAGCCUGGCCCUAUGCAUGCUGCGCCUGCGCCGACACAUCCCACUCCUGGCUGGAGCCUUCAUCCACGCUGUACUCCUGGUGACGCUCUUCUGCUGGGCGCCAGAGCCCCGGUACCUGGCGCAGGCACCUCUGCUCUACAGCAUUGCCGUGCUCUGGGGCACGGGCAGUGCCCUCAACAAGACCGGAAUCAGCAUCCUCCUGGGGAUGAUGUACAAGAAAAAGGAGCGCCAAGACUUCAUCUUCACCAUCUACCACUGGUGGCAGGCCCUGGCCAUCUUCACUGUCUACCUGUGGUCAGGGCUGCCUAUGAAGGCCAAGCUGUCCAUCAUGCUGCUGACGCUGGUGGUGGCAGUGGGGACAUACCUGUGGAUGGAGCGGAAGGUGGCACAAAACAUGGAAGUCCGGCUGCCCCGCAUCCCACGCCCACGCCAUAAAACACGUGGAUACCGUUACCUGGAGGACAACUCGGAUGAGACUGGCUCCGACGGUGAUGGGGACAAGGAGGACAAUGACAGGCACCCAACCGAGGCCACCAGAGAGGACGAGCUGCCAAAAGAGGAUGGGGAGCAGCUGGGAUAGGGACAGCCUGGCCUGGGCUCCAUCCUGCUUUUGGCACCUGAGGGGGUUCCACAGUUCCCCCUGGGUGGGCCCAAAAUUCUGCAAAUCCCCUCAGGUCAGGCUUGCAGCUCCCCAAGCUAAGCCUAAAGCCCCCAGGCAGCCCAGAGUCCCCCACAUUGGCUGACAGACUCCCAGACUGGCUCAUAGACACCCCAGGUGAGGUCUGCAGCCUCCAGCUUGACCUACAUGCCCCAAAUUGUGGUACAGAGACCCCCAAAUUGUGGUGCAGCCCCUAGGGAGGCCCAUAUCCCCCCAGAUUAUGAUGCAGUUGCUCAGGUUAAACCUGCAGACCACCAGGCCAGCCCCAGUGCCCCCACAUACAAAUCCACAGCCCCUCAGACAAGACUCACACUCCCCAGGCAGAUCUGGAGUCCCCCCAAAUUUGGCCAAAGCCCCGCUAGGUGAGGCCCACAGACCCCUGAGCAGAUGCACACUCUAGCAAGGCCUGCAACCAUCUACAAAGUCCUGUAGACCCCAGGCAGAUGCCCUGCUCUCCCAUAUUAGCCCCCAGCCAGACCCCGCAGGGCUACCCAGGA